GCACCAACAACAGCAGCACCAACUACAGCAGCAGCAGCGACUACAGCAGCCCCGCUGAUGCCUAACACCACAGUGACAGCCCUUAUGACAAACAUUAAUAGGACAGGAUGUGGGUCUGCAAAGCUCUGUGCGGCCGAUCCUGCUGACUGCACCCCUGGAAAUGCCGGAUGUUUCCUUGCUUCUGCCGAUCAGAUCAGCGGUCAAAACUUUAAUUUUGAGCUAGCAGGAGAGACAGAAGGCUACCUCGCUGCCGCCCUGUCAACCGACAGCUCACUGGGAGGUAACGACACCACCUACGUCUGUGCAAACAACAACGGUACUGUUAAAUUCAUUGGGGCUGUCCUCAACAACGGUAUGCUGACAAUGACAGAGCAACGUGUGAACUCUGUGAAGGGCAGUAUCAGAGGAAAUUUAAUCCAGUGUACAUUUGCUGCCACUGUACCAAACUCAAGCACUAGAACAACACGUUUCUCCAUCGGAAUCUUGAAUGGAACUUUCAACAGCACUUCUGGUGCUCUGGGAAAUGCCAGCACCCGAUUCCAGAGUGGUAUUUUAGACCUGUCUAACCCAGGCGCCAACGUCACCAACAUCAACCACGCUGCUGCAUUCAAGCAAUCUCUGACACAAGCUCUGCUGAUCACCUUUGGUGUGCUGGGUCUGGUCAUGCUAUGAGGAAACUGACACCAUUCAGGACUCAGGAGACGAACA